AUGAGCGACACGAUCGAGCUUCCCGUCGAGGCGCCGCUGACGUCGGCGUCCAAGCUGCUCUCGGGCGUCUUGUCGCAGCUCGACUCGACUCGCGCGCCGACUGCGGAGCAGCUUCGACAGCUGCAGCUCGUCCAGACGCUGCUGUCUGGUAUGGACGCGUAUCUGGACUCGGUGUCGUCUCCUGCUCCUGCGGUCCAACGACCUCUCCUCAAAGCUACAGCCGAGCACGACUGGCAGGCGGCGUGGGAUAACAAGCAGACGCUCUUCCACCUGUCGGCCGCGUGGUCGGCGGGAGCGUACGAGGGCAAUCUUGUAGGCAUGCUCACCAAACUCAUGCAAGCCAAAAAGGUGCUCGAGAUCGGAAUGUUCACGGGCACUACUACGGUGUGCAUCGCCAACCAGCUGCCCGAAGGUGGCAAAGUGACCGCACUCGAAAUCGACCCUUACCUGGAUGCCUUUACGCGUCCGCUGUUCGACAAGACCGGAUUGGGCGACAAGAUCGAUGUCAAGGUGGGCAAUGCAGUCGAGGAGCUGGACAAGAUUGCGCUCAACAUCUUGGACGAUCAAGAGGCGUUUGACGUCAUCUUUAUCGACGCCGACAAGCCGGCGUACAAGACGUAUUUGCAGGCGAUCCUCGACAAGGGACUGCUCAAGCGCAACGGUCUGCUGGUGGUGGACAACACGCUCUACAAGGGCACGCCCUGGACCGAGGGACUGGUGGACGAAAAAGCGCUCGAGAUCGGAAAGCAGAAUGCCGAGGCGAUCAAGCAGUUCAACCAGGUGGUCAGGGCGGAUAAGCGCGUAGAGGUGGUGGUGCUCCCCGUGCGCGACGGCGUCAGCCUCAUCAUGCGCACGCAAUAA